AAAAGCAAGUCAUCACUUAUCACCAUUCACUCCAGUACUCGCCCAGGACUCCGUUUCAUUCUCCGGAGGUUGUCUCCAUACGGAAAGGUCCAGAUUGAAGAUUCCGGCUCGGCGAUGGGGGAAGAGCACCUCUCGUUGGAUGCUGACUUCGACGACGAUUACAUAGAAGAUGGUGAAGAUGUUGAGAUGCUUGAUGUUGAAGAAGGAGAAUUGGUGGAGGACGAAACUCCUCAAACGGAUGUCGGAAAAAGCAGCGGCGGAGAGGUAACAAUGGGAAAUCAAGGUGCUCAAAGUAAAAAUCAAAGACGCCGAGCGAACAAGAAGAGGAACAGAAAAAGGAGAAACAGUUCGGGUCAAAAACCCGUAGACGUAGACAGGUUUGUGUUAGAGACGUGCAGGCGUCUGAGGGAGAGGAAGAAGUACAUGGUGUACACUGCUGUGGGCGUUCUGGGGUUUUCUGCAUUUAGUGAUAUAGUCAGAGAGGUGGAUGCAAUUCAAGCUUGUGGAGGUCAGAUGACUGCUGACAGGAGACGUAAUCGAACUGGUGGUGGCAUAUUAUGGAACGUAAUCAAGGCACGAGAACCAGCAGCUUAUGGAGAGAUAAUGAAAAAAACAAAGGAAUUUGAGAAGCAAUUUAAGAAACAAAACAUAAGGCAACCACCAAGACAGGACGAAGAGGGCUCCUCCAGAGUAACUGUCACUGAUGGAGCUUCAAGCAGUGCUCAAGAUGAUUCUCAGUUCAUGCCUCAAAACCAGCCUGGGCAGUUCAGCUCUGAUGCAAAACGUAAAUCUGUUCAUGAGAGGAUUAGGGUUCCAGUCUUGUACGAUGACUUUCUUGGAGAUGAUACAAAAGCUGAUUCAAUUUGAUCCUAAGAAAAUUUGACGUUUCAGUGUCAUUAAUUUUUGCAAGUGCUGAAGUGCAGGUACAUAUUUUUGUUCAGAAGGCUGCAGAACAAAUUUCAUCCAACCACACCCUGCACAAUAAAGGGAAAAAAAAUGAAGAGAAAGAGACAAGAAAAGAGGGUAGAACUAGCAAACUUUAUUAGUCAUUGCUGCUCUUUAAAAAAAAAAAAAAAGAAAUUCUUCCAGUACAGACUAGUAACAUGAGUUUUUGGCUUAGAAUUCUUGUAAUUCCUUGAUGUGACUUCAUUUUGAAAGUAACACAGCUCCAUAUUGUGAGUUUGAAUGUUCCUUUACCCUGGAUAUAAUUUCGUGCAUACUCAAUGGUUUUGAUGACCAUUUUGUGGGGUGGGAUGAUUUGGUGUGAAUCAAUGUUUUUAACAAAU